AUGGAGCAUUUUCACACCUUGUCAGGUCAUUUUGAUAACAGAUGGCUGCUCUGGAGUUGUGUCCCCUGUAAAUUGAAUGUCAUGUGCAUUGCACCAGCAUCUGACACCAAUCUGCAAAUUUCUCUGUCACUCUUUCAAAAAUUGAUUGAUAUUAAUGGACAUGGAGGAGAUAUUUAUAUUCCAGAAGGUGCUCUUUCUAUUAAAUCUGUUCAGCAAAUGUUUCAGAAGUUUGCUGGAGAUGUCUUUUCUCCAUUUGUUGUCUCAUUGAAUUGUGGUCACCUGAAAUGUUCAGUUCAACUUUAUCCACCACCUGGACCACAACAUAAGAUUAGGGAUUUUGAAAACAUCAAUGUGGAUAUUGGUUCAACAUUAGAGAUUUGUGGCUUUUUAGACAUUGCUGAUGUUGCUAGUCCUCCAAUUAUAUCACGUCAUCUUGUUUUGCCAACUGCCAAAGAAAAACCAAAAGAAGAACCUUCAACAGAAAAUGUUAACAACAAAGAUUCCAAAGAUGGAGAUGAAGAUGCUGUUUCAUCAAAUGCAGAUGAAUCUGGGAAAGCAACAGCUGCUGCUUCUGCCCUUGAAGGAGGAAAAGCUCCCUCCUUCAGUGUUUUACUUCAUGGUAGUCUCAAAGUAGAAGGGAUGGUAGCACUGACACAAGUUGGAGAUAAUUGGUAUGGUAUUUUAUAUUCCUGGGCAGACAGCAAAAAGAAAUCCAAUUUGAUGUUAUCUUUGUUUGAACCGGGAGAAAAUAGUCUCAGCUGGCUUGGAAAUUUUAAAUAUUUAGCUUCCAUCUAUGAAUUUGGUGAUGAAUCACCAUAUGGUUCAGAUGACACUAAAUCACCUUUUCCUAUCCGACCAACAGAAAAGCGCAGCUAUGCUCAAAGUUGUGUAGUUUGGAUCAAAACUUCUGGUUUGCAGGCUGAUCUUCAGAAAGUUUUGCGUCAUGCUCGCAAGUUACCAGAUAAGCAGCAGCAAUUUUAUAAGGAAUUGAACAGAUUACGCAGGGCUGCACUUUCCUUUGGUUUUUUGGAAUUGCUUGAUGCAAUGGCUUUGAUGCUUGAGCGUGAAUGUACUCUGCUACCCGGUACCGCUCACCCAGAUGCUGCUCUCCAGUUGUCCCAUGCAGCCAACAGUCUGCGCUCGGAAAUGGCCAAGGAUGUGUCUCAAACUAUUGUGCCAUUACGCACCAAUUUCAGUAGUGAUGACUGA